GAUAGCAAUAAAGGGGAAAAGCAAGUUGAAGUUCAUAAAAGAAAGGAGGAGGUGGCGAUGGUCUGGUGUUAAGAAGGGUUUAUUCGUGAAAAUGGAGAAGAAGAUGGGUUCUCUUGUUGGCUGGCUGGUAAUGGUUAUUUGGUUGAUCUUGUUCUUCUUCUUUACUGCUGCUUCUCCUGGAAUUGAUGUUUCGCAAAGUGACUACUGCUCAUCGCCUGGAGUUCAGCUAUAUUUGAAGGAUGGUCACAAAAUUGUUAUAGAUAAUGGACUUGUCCAAGUUACCCUAUCAAAUCCGAAUGGUGACAUCAACGAAAUACAAUACAAUGAAAUGGAAAACGUACUCUCAACUAAAAAUCGAGAAGGUAAUCGAGGGUAUUGGGAUAUUGUGUGGAACAAGCCUGGAAGUCGCACAGCCUAUGAUAGGUUAAAAGCAAGUAAAUUUAGUGUUAUAAUGGAAGAUGAAAACCAAGUGGAAGUUUCAUUCACUAGAACAUGGAAUGCUUCCAUUGGCGACAACACAGUCCCUCUAAAUGUAGACAAGAGAUAUAUAUUGAGACGUGGCAGCUCAGGGAUUUAUAUGUAUGCCAUAUUAGAACGAUUGGAAGGAUGGCCUGACAUUGACAUUGAUCAAAUUAGAAUCGUUUUUAAACUCCAAAAUGACAAAUUUCAGUUGAUGAUAGUAUCAGAUGAUAGGCAAAGGAUAAUGCCAUCACGUACAGACUUCCGCAAUGGAAAACGUCUGGCCUAUCCAGAAGCUAUUCUCUUAACCAAUCCAGUCAAUCCUCAACUCAGAGGACAGGUGGAAGACAAAUAUCAAUAUUCAUGUGAUAACAAAGACAAUAGGGUGCAUGGUUGGAUAUCUGAGGAUACACCUGUGGGAUUCUGGAUGAUCACACCAAGUGAUGAAUAUCGUGCAGGUGGGCCCCUCAAACAAGAUCUCACCUCUCAUGUAGGCCCUACUGUUCUCUCGAUGUUUACUAGUACCCAUUAUGCUGGGAAGGACUUAAAUACACAAUUCAGAAAUGGAAAGCCAUGGAAAAAAGUUUUUGGUCCUGUUUAUAUUUACCUUAAUUCAAUUUCUACCCAAGAGGACCCCUUGUUACUUUGGGAAGAUGCUAAACAACAGAUGUCAAUGGAAGUCGAAAAUUGGCCAUACGAUUUUCCCCGGUCGGAGGAUUUCCCUUCUUCAGCUCGGCGUGGGGCAGUUUCCGGUCAAUUGUUACUUCUUGACAGGUAUGCUAGUAAGAGGUUAACUUGGGGUGCGUUUGCUUAUGUGGGUUUGGCAGCCCCAGGAGAAGUGGGCUCAUGGCAAACAGAUUCCCAGGGUUAUCAAUUUUGGACACGAGCUAACAAGAAAGGUUAUUUCUUAAUUGAAAAUGUUCGAGCUGGAAAUUAUAAUUUGUAUGCAUGGGUUCCUGGUAUUAUUGGAGAUUGGAAAUAUGAUGCUAAUAUCACUAUCCAACAAGGAUAUGAAAUGGAACUGGGUGUCCUUGUAUAUGAGCCACCAAGAAAUGGUCCAACCCUUUGGGAAAUAGGCAUUCCUGAUCGCACUGCUGCUGAGUUUUUUGUACCAGACACAUACCCAACACUUGAGAACAAACUGUACACUAAUCACCCAACUCAAAAAUUUAGGCAAUAUGGAUUAUGGGAUAGAUACACCGAUUUGUAUCCUACCCAAGAUCUCAUUUACACGGUUGGGGUUAGUAAUUAUCAUCAGGAUUGGUUCUUUGCACAGGUUCCCAGGAAUAUAGGAAAUCAGAAUUACCAAGCAACUACAUGGGAGAUUAAAUUUGAAUUGGAAAAUGUGAACCAAAAUGGAAAUUAUACUCUCCAAGUAGCCUUGGCAUCAUCCGCCGCAUCAGAACUUCAGGUUCGGUUCAAUGAUGAAAGAGCCAACAAACCUCAUUUUACAACUAAGUUAAUAGGCAGAGACAAUGCCAUUGCAAGGCAUGGGAUACAUGGUUUGUAUAGGUUGUACAGCAUUAACGUUCAAAGCUAUCUACUUAAAAGAGGAAACAACACUAUAUAUCUAACACAGACAAGAAGUAUAGGGCCUUUUCGUGGAAUUAUGUAUGAUUAUAUUCGCUUUGAAGGACCUGAACACACAACCUUCCUUUCUAAACAUUUGUAGUUAAUUUACAAUAAUUUUUAGACUUCAAUAUUACAAGUUCAUCCCAUAUUAGUUACAUAUGCA